CGGGGGGGGGGGAGGGAAUCGCAUACGCAUUUUUGUUUGUGUAUGCAAUCAGUCGAUGAUUAGAUAGAAUAAGCGCAGAACAAUGUAUUGAAUAAUAAAUUAUGCAUUAUAUUGUGAAAUUAAUUGUGUUGGUAACUUCUAUAUUGACUUUGUAAAUGACGCAGUACUUCGUUCGACGUGUACCAUGUGUAUCGCAUAUGUUUGAAACACGGUAUAAGUAUUUCGAUCAUUUUUUUUUGCUAACGAAAAAGUGUAAUGCUACGAUAUAAUGCUUAGGAAGAAAACCGGAAGAUUCUAUGGGAGGUUAAAGACUAUCUGAAUCACGCUCUCCGCUCGCAUUCGUCAUCCGACGCGAAGAGAAAAAAGAGAUAUGAAAUGAGGAGUCAAACGACUCCUCGGUCUUGUCUCGUAUAUAUGUGUAUAAUUAAGCAUAUGUAUAUACGCGCGCGUAUAUAUGUAUUUGACAGUACAUAUAUGCAUAAUACACACACACACACACACACAUACACACGUACACGCACCUGUAUCACGCAUAUGUAAUAUCGCCAAUGGGAAACAGCUAAUUUCAACGAGUUAAUCUCUAAUUACAUGUGAAGUGGAUAAACGUUUUCCUGUUAUCGCGUUGAUAUUUCUCGAUGUAUAAUCGAUAUCUUUACAAGAAGACUGUCGUCCGUAAUCGCCGGGAAGAAAAAGGGAAACGUUGUUCGGUUGCUAGGAAGGAAGAGAGAAAGUAAAAAAGAAAUGAGAAUGAGACGGACGCGGGAUCGAAGAGACGAUGAGCAGUGACAGCAUCCGAAACGGGCAGCUCUUUUCACCCAUCUUAUUUUCUUCCUCCUCUUCCUCUUGUCGAACAGGAACGUGAAGCGUGCGCGGUAUUGAAACCUCGCAAUUUAUUGCCACUUAUUGCGAUGGACGCGGAACGCAGAAAUCAAAUAUGUGCUCCAGAACAGAAGCACCUUACGAUUUGCGACUUGAGUCUGUUACAAAUGAGAUCUUUUAAAAUCGAAGCGAGAUAAAAAAUAAGAUACAGGCGACAAGGAAUUGGAUGUAUCUUACAAUGUGAAGAACUAGUUGUCUAGUAUUUUCGCGAUCAUCGCGAUGUAUUGAAAAUAUGUCGUGCGAUCUUUAUUCUUCUACUUGUUUCUCGUCGUCUGAAUCUUGAUUUUAUGUUUCAUUCUACCACUGUCGAGACUCGAAGUCGAAGAGCAAACGACGAAACAACGUAGACGGAUAUUGCCCAUCGAUCCUAUUUCUUUCCCGAAAAGUCCUCUGUGAAUGUUCAACGAGGGCUGGCUGGGCGAGAUUGGGCGUGUGUAUGUGCGUGCGUGUGUACUAAAAAAAAUGGCAAGUUGCGAAGGCCAUCACGAUGCAUCGGAGGGUAGUGCCGACCUCGAUCUCGCACAGCGGGCACUCCUCGAACGUAAUAUCCUCUUUGCAUCCUUUCUCCUCUCAAAAUCCUCCUCAAGGCUUCUGUUUCUCCUCCGAAUACACCGUUCCGCCUUUCGCCCCUUUCUCUCGAUCUACUCUUUAAGAAUAUUUUCUCCAAUUUAACUCUAUCCAUAUCCCAACCGUCCGACUCCCAAUUCAAUAAAUCGAGCGUUAACAUCUUGUGUUCUUUUCAUUUUCUAGAAAUUAUGAAUUUUCCAAAAUAAACGUUAUGUUUUUUUAAUAACUCUGGCAGUAACUUUACUCGGUCGGGAGAGACAUCAUCAUCUACAUCAUCAUCAGCGUCUAAUUGUUAUCAUCUUGUCGUCAUCAUCUUCGUCAUCGAUAUCAUCACAUCAUCAUCAUCAUCAUCAUCAGCAUCAUAUCAUCAUUAUUCAACAGCUUCUUAACACAAUUUCUUCGAUCCACCAUCCGGGUCUCCUUCUUUUUCUUAAUCGAUCAUUUCGAAUUACAUGUGCUUUGAGAGCAAUCCGUAUGUAGGGCAAAUACGUUGGCGAUCGCGAGGGAAGCAGCGACGGCGUGCCUCUCAUUCUGUAACGACGAGUUCGGUCACGCGAAAUUACAAGGCUUAUCCUUUCAUAUCCUCAUCCCGUUCUUCUUCAUGCGAAAAGCCAUAUCCAUCCAUCAAUCCAUCUAUCGGUUUAUCCGCUCACGUGAAACUUUUUCUCCAACCAUCCAUUUUCUCCAUCUUUUCUUCCCCUUUCUCCCUCCUAUUCUACCCUUCUUCCCCGUCCCAAAUUACGUUGUUCUAUUUGUAUUUAUCAUCAGCCCAUCGUAAUUGUAAAUUAUAAUUAUUAUAAACGUUUACACGAAAUAAUAAAUUCUGAUAAAAUGUCUGAGAAAAAAAACCAUAACCCACGGUUUGUGUCUUGCUUUGCGACGAUAUUACGACGAUUUGCCAACGUGCCGGCGGAGGCAUUUGCGCUCGAUGAUGUUCCACGAUGUCGGGACAAAAGCCAAGCUUACAUAACAUGCGGACUUCGUCGCGAGUCGUUCUAAAGGAUUCCUGCAAUCGCUUAUCAACAAGAUGGAUUGGAUCGGAAUGACUAUCUCCUUGAAUUCGGAAUCCACGAUUCGCGACACUUUGAAGCGGUGACUCAGCAUUUCACGCUUACUAGGAGCUCAUAAUCCGCGAAUAAUCAAAUAAUCCGAGUAAAUGUUGGAAAGACAUAACGUCUCGAGAAUAUCAUUUUAUAACAUGAUUACUCAUCGAAACUUGUAUAUUGGAGGUCAGCGUUAUCACGCUCGCUACGUGCAUUUCCUAGAAGCGUAUGCGUAUAUUUAAUCUUGCAUCACAAAAUCUUACAAAUUUAUGUCGAUUCCACAAAAUUAUUUUAUACAAUCAAUAUUCUGCCGCUUUUUUUUUUAUUAGUCAUGAUUUAUCAAUCGACAAACAGGAUUUUUUUCGCGGCAGCUCGGGCGAUGACAGAAAUUGCAGUUGUAACGCUAGCCGCGAACAAAAAGCGAGAAAGAGAGAAGGAGAAAGUAGAAUCUGACGAGAGAAUAUCUGCGUAAAGAUACGAUGUAUCUCAUUCGGCACAGUCGAAGUCUAGCAAUAUCGAGAGAUGAAGAACACGCAGGAGAGUUACGGAGAUUUUUUUCAUGUACUUAAAACGCGCAAACGAAUAUUUAUUAUUAUGAUUGUUGUUACGAGUAUCAUUGUGCUAGAUGUAUAUUCCCUACCCUUUCACAAUCCCCCUUGCUCUAUUCUAUUCUGCCCUCCUCUGCCCGCUCUUCCCCUUUUUUCUGUCGAUGGUGUAUCUACACAUGUACUUGUAUACACAAUUUAUGCAGUAUGUAUACAUAUAUACAGACAUAUAUUAUAUAUAUUAUAUACACACACACACACACACACACACACACACACACGCACACACACACACAUACUUAUGAAAGGAGACAUAGGGAGACAUAAAAAUAUGACGCGAGAUACAUACAUGUAUAUGUACGCGUGCCUUUUCCGACAAGAAAGGCCUACCUACGAUUAAUCAUGCUAAAUUUUUUGCACAAUUUAUACGUGUAGCCGAUACGAAGUACGAGAUACGGUUUUUGCUAAUGAGAGAGUAGCGAACCAACCACUUAACGCGAGUGACAGGGCGCGAAGUGUCUCGCGCGCGCGCGCGCGCGCGCGGUGGCGAAGAGGAAAUAACUUGCGGAUAAAGAGGAGGGGAAAAAAAAAACAGAAAAAGAAAAAAUUCCAAAUUGCGCGCGGCCGCUCCACGCAGUCGCUUUGUCGCGAGACUAGAUAGACGUAUAGAUCCAGACGAAUCUCAACCCGGUGGGUCGACGAUCCCAGAAUUCGGCACUGAAGACUGAAAAAUCUCGGAGCGAGAGGCACCCCCUCUCUCGUCGCGUCCAGGACGGGGUUGAGAGUCUCCACGUUAGGUGUAGAAUAUCAUUUUCGUGCGGUAGACGAGCCUCUCCCGCGGUAGACAUUCCUAGGGACACACCGGGGCGGCAAAACCCGAAGGGGUUGCUACUUCAAUCUCCGAAUGAUUUCGACUUCGAUCAAAUCCGAAACUAAGGAUCUUUUUUCUUUCUUCUCUUACUCGCGCAAUUACAGAAACGUCCUUAGCUUUAUAUUCAUUUUUACCAAUGUAAAUCAAUUUAACUUUUUAUCUGUUUUUAAUUCUAAGAAUUAGAAAAAGAUAAUAAAUUAAACACGAUUCAAAUUGGUCUAUCAUAAGAAUCGAUCGACGAGGAAGAGAAAAUUUGAUACAAUUUUCAUUUGCACGGAUAUAUGAAAACUUACACACAUCUUUAACAAAGCUAUUUGUACUCAAUGACUCUCAACAGACAUGUUCACAUUUGUACAAGUUCAUUCAUAGGAAUUUUUUUUUACAUCAGAUUGCGCUGUGUCGUGCAUGGUGUUUUGAUGGAUUGCGUCAGAUUUCACGUUUGACGCAAUAUUGCAUCAAUUCGCCUCUCAUCGAGCAAGCGCAAAGAGAGAGAGACAAGAGAGAUCCUUUUCCGUAUCGAGUUAAAUUUCUCGAUCGCUCGACUGUUCCGUACGAUCUGUCGAUGAGGAGAUCUUUUUUCUCGUAAUCUUUCGAUCGAGGACGCAGCCCUCGAUUUUGUCGCCGCGCGAAAUCAUGCUAGAACGAAGAUUUUUCCUCGGUUUUGCUCUUCUACAAUUGUAGCCUGUUUUUAGCUGUCGUUCCCCGAAACCUCAUCCCCUCACCCGCUCCCCCGCCCCUCCUUCAUAUAGAUCAAUGCCGUUUAAAUCGAAUAUAAUACACGUUAAAUGGAUUAACAAAGAAGCAAGAUGACGCUGAUAUUUGGCGGGGUGGUGUUUGUAAAUAAAGCUGUAAAAGCGACGAAAUCGGCGCAAUCAUUUCACCCACAAUCAAUCGCCGCAUCGUCAAACGCGAGGACAAUUUACCUCCAGUUACAAGGAAUACUGCGAUACAGUCAUGGCUGAAGACACGCCAGCUCAGAAAUUUAUAAGACCUGGGAGCCACAAAGGCAAAGGCAUCGCCGUGUUCACCAGUGGAGGCGAUUCUCAGGGAAUGAAUGCCGCUGUACGAGCAGUUGUAAGGAUGGGCAUCUAUCUUGGGUGCAGGGUAUAUUUUAUCCGGGAAGGCUAUCAAGGCAUGGUGGACGGCGGGAAAAAUAUCGAGGAAGCUACAUGGUCGUCCGUGUCUUGCAUCAUUCAUAGGGGUGGUACGGUAAUUGGCUCUGCCCGGUGCUCAGAAUUCAGGGAGCGUCCCGGUCGUCGAAAAGCUGCCAAGAAUCUGGUUAACCUGGGGAUAACCAAUCUAGUGGUAAUUGGCGGGGACGGUUCUCUUACGGGGGCCAAUCUCUUCAAAGAAGAGUGGCCCACGCUUCUGAAGGAGCUUGUCGAGUCUGGUGACAUAACUGCCGAGCAGAGCGAGAAAUACAAGCAGUUGCACAUUGUCGGUCUAGUAGGUUCCAUUGAUAACGAUUUCUGCGGUACGGAUAUGACGAUCGGUACCGAUUCCGCGUUGCAUCGUAUCAUUGAGAGUAUUGAUGCUAUAGUUAGCACGGCGUAUUCGCAUCAGAGAACGUUCAUAAUGGAAGUUAUGGGUCGUCAUUGUGGUUAUCUGGCUCUGGUGGCAGCUAUAUGUUGUGAGGCUGAUUAUGUUUUCAUCCCAGAAUGGCCACCCGAGCAAGAUUGGCCCAACAAGCUGUGCAAAAAAUUGUUGCAGGAAAGACUUACUGGUCAGCGGCUUAAUAUUAUAAUCGUAGCCGAAGGGGCAGUUGACAGAAAUGGCGAUCCGAUCACUGCUGACAAAGUGCACAAAGUAGUUGUAGAAAAAUUACAGCAAGAUACAAGAGUUACCGUUUUGGGUCAUGUACAAAGAGGUGGCAAUCCUUCUGCCUUUGAUAGAGUCCUGGGUUGCCGAAUGGGAGCUGAAGCGGUGAUGGCUUUAAUGGAGGCGACACCUGAUACGGAAGCCUGUGUCGUUACGUUGGACGGUAACCAAGCUGUGAGAUUACCACUUAUGGAAUGUGUUCGUCGUACAAAAGCUGUAGCGCAAGCAAUGGCCGAUAAAAACUGGAAUCUUGCUGUUCAGCUUCGAGGAAAGGGCUUCGAACGCAACUUAGAUACUUACAAAAUGCUGACUCGUUUGAAAGCGCCGGAUUUGGAUGAUAACAGGGAAGUUAGUGGCCGCGCAUUAUCGAAGGAUCAUUACACGUUGGCGGUCAUGCAUAUAGGAUCGCCGUCUUGCGGUAUGAAUGCGGCGGUUCGUUCCUUCGUGAGGAAUUGUAUCUACCGAGGUGACAAGGUAUACGGUGUUUACGACGGAGUACUGGGCCUCAUUGCUGGUAAAUUGAAAUUGAUGGAUUGGCCGUCCGUCACUGGCUGGGUCGCGGAGGGUGGCGCAAAACUAGGAACGAAGCGCGCACCGCCCCAGGAGGAUCAGUUAUCCCAAAUCGCUCAAAAACUCAAGGAAUUUGGAAUACAGGCAUUGCUUAUCAUAGGUGGAUUUGAGGGUUAUCAAACCGGCCUCACAUUUUUCAAAGCGAGGGAUAAAUACGAGGAAUUCAGAAUUCCUAUCGCUAUGAUCCCUGCGACUAUUAGCAAUAAUGUACCAGGCACUGAAUUUUCCUUGGGCUGUGAUACAGCUCUAAAUGAAAUUACUGAGAUAUGCGAUCGCAUUCGACAAUCGGCGCAAGGUACUAAACGUCGAGUAUUCAUCAUUGAGACGAUGGGUGGUUUUUGCGGAUAUUUGGCGACAGUCGCUGGUCUAGCUGGCGGUGCUGACGCGGCGUAUAUAUAUGAAGAGAAAUUUAACAUUAAGGAUCUGAAUCAUGAUGUUAUCGCGAUGGCUGCAAAGAUGUCGGAAGGCGUCGAGAGAGGUCUCAUUAUCAGAAACGAGAAUGCUAAUGAAAAUUACAACACGGAGUUUAUGUUCAGACUUUUCAGUGAGGAAGGAAAAGGAUUAUUCAGUUGUAGAAGGAACAUACUUGGUCACAUGCAGCAAGGUGGCUCGCCGACGCCUUUCGACCGUAACUUGGGAACAAAAAUGGGCGCUAAGGCAGUGGAAUGGUUUAGCGAUCAACUGAGAAAAUGCACUAGCCCCGAUGGCAAGACGCUCACUAUGGCAGCAGACAGUGCAGUAAUGCUUGGUAUUGUCAGACGCCAAUACAGAUAUACACCAUUCAUGGAACUUAUCGACGUUACUGAUUUUGAACAUCGCAUUCCGACGUACCAAUGGUGGAUGAAACUGCGUCCGUUGCUGAAAGUAUUAGCGAAGCACGAGUCGACAUACGAAGAGGAAGGCCUGUAUAUAACCGUCGAAGAGAUGGAUGAGCAAAAGGAUCCGCCCCUUGUAUAAACCGUGAGAUUAAUCAUUUAAACAGCGCCGCGGAUAACGUAAAACGGGUGUCAUUAAUCGUCUGUAAAAAUAGGCGCCGAUGAUCAAGAUCACAGUAUUGUAUAAAUUUAUAUCAUGAUAAUUUUAUUGUUCGACGAGAAACGAAUCUUACACAUGUUUAUUGCAUUGUGUGUAUUUGAAAAAAUUUAACUUUACAUUUGUUAUUAUUUAUUUAAUCAUGCAAAUUUUGAAUGUUUAUAAUUUGGACAAAUAGGUGUGUUGAGAAUAUAUGGGAAGGGAAAACGUUCUUCCAUAUUUUUUUUUUUAAAUAUCUUGUUUUGUACUUUGAACGUUUUCCAGCUCAGGUAAGAAAUGGGUACAAAUGUAGUACCUGAAGCACAAAGAUAUAAAAUAAUAUCUUUACAUAUAUCUACAUCGGUGCAGCUUGCUGUUAAAGGCGAUAUCCUCCGUUGAUAACGAGACACGGAACACGGUAUUGUUACAGUAUCUUAUAGUGUUAAAAUCGCAUUGAUGUAUAGUAUUAAAGAUACAUUUUAGGAUUGAUACAUAUGAAAUUUAAUGUAGUAAGAUAUACCAAGUUCAAGCGCUGAAAAAAUAAUGGGACAAAGAAUCAUUUUUAUGCAGAAACACGUGACUAAAUUGGAGACUAGCGACAUGCAAAACUUAUAUUUGAUAUGCUACUCGAACCUAAUACACACAAUUUUGGCAUAUACGUUUAAUUAUCAUGGAUUCAGUAACGAGACAGUUAACGAAACGUUUAUUAGCGUCAUUAGCAAAUAGUGAUAUUAUUUGUGCAUUUUUGAUAUUUUGCACGUAACAGAUGCUUUAUAAGCUAGACUAACAGCUUCUGUCUUUUAUUUCGAUACUCUUCGUUUACCUAAUUCUUUAAUAUAACCAGUGGAACGCUUAGUCAAUAUAAUUUCCAGUUGUAGCACGGAUCGAGGAGUAAAUCAGAUUGAGAGAAAUUAUUAACAAGAGUUUCACAGGUUAAACAUUCUGAACUGUAUUUGUGGUCUACUAAGGCAUAGGAUUAAAACUUAAUGCGGUAUUUUACGUCGAUGAAAGUGUUAUUCUUCGGUUUAGCGUUACUCGAAGCUAUAAAAAGCUAUUGGAGAAUAUACCUGUCUACCUCAAAACAUAAUUUUGCAACAGUGAACGUACGACUCGCAGGAAAAGAAUUGACCUGAGUCGCGCGUUAGUUGCACGUAACAUAAAAAAAAAUUUUGCUAAAAUUUAAGGCUUGUGACCACAAAAGUAUUUAGAUUUAAUUCUUUUUCUCUCUCCCUCUCUCUAUCUGCUUGUCUAGUUCUCUCUCUAUCUCUCUCUCUCUUUCUCUACUCGUGUAUUUAACUUUUGAGAAAGUCAUGCAAGUAUUAAUCUCAUAAUUGUUUUCGACAUAUAAGAUAGCGUUCGUCGUGUUUUUAUGAGAUUUAAAAACCAGAUGAUAUUCCUGGUGUUAUUGAAAAUUACGUCUUGUGCAAACUCUUAUUCGUGUUCGUGUGAGUUUAUUUAAGCGUCAAAAUAAAAUUACGGAUUUGUGGUUUUAACAGAAGUAAAAUCGAAAGAUUUGUGUGUGAGAUAACAUAUGUUACAAUUUUUUUCAAUGUAGUUAACACAUUUAAGAAUCGCGGUGCGCUUAACGAUUUUCAUUCGGACGCUGAUUAGCAUUCGCGAUGUUACGUUUAGGAUUGGCUUAUUAGAUAGCGAUUAAUGCAUGAUGCAAAAAUGAAAAUGGUAAAAUUUCAAAAGUACAAUGAUGAGUGUAUACAUUACGGUUUACUCGAGCUAGAGUAGUAAUGUAAGAAAAAAAUAUAUAUAUAAAUUAUUCGUUUAAAAUCAUUUGUUUAAAAUCGUUCCGAAGUGUAUGAUGUCUACUAGUAUAUGACGGAUAGAGUAGCUCUUGUUGAAAAGCAACAGAAUAAUAUCGCUAAUGACACUUUUUUAAACGACCACAUGGAAACUCGGUUCAUGUAAUAUUAUACCAAAAA